AUGGCGCCGUGGCGUGAGGUACCCUAUGAAAUCCGGGACGUUACACCCGAGGAGGACAAGAUCAUCAAGAAGUGUCUGAUCGGUUACACUAAGCCCUUUGUCAAAUGUGGUAAAAAUGAGUACGUGAUGCCCAAUGUGUUUCGAAAGCAUGCGGAGUACAUCUACAACUUCAAAGUCCGUCCAGACGAUAUAUGGGUCGUGACGUACCCUAGGUCAGGAACGACAUGGACGCAAGAAAUGGUAUGGUUACUGGAAAACGAGCUAGACUUCGAGGCAUCAAUAAAAAAACCGCUCUACGAACGAUUCCCAAUGUUAGAGAUAACAACACAAAUACCAGAAAUUGCGGUUGAAUUGAUCAAGAUCAACUUUAUGAACCUGGCGAAAUUCCAAGGCCUUAACAAAGCUGUGAAGCGUCCGAGUUGGGAGACCAUAAAUGAAGCCCCAUCACCACGUUUCAUUAAAACCCAUCUCCCACUGUCUCUGCUGCCCCCGAACCUCCUCGACACAGCCAAAGUGAUAUAUGUAGCGAGAGAUCCCCGAGACGUCAUGGUGUCAAACUAUUAUCUCCACAAGAUGGUGGUGAAAGGAUUACUGAGAGGCACCUUCAUGCAGUUCUGGGAAGCGUAUAGACGAGAUAUUUUUCCUUACAUGCCUCUUAUUUCACAUGCAAAUGAAGCUUGGGAGCAAAGACAUCACCCGAAUCUCCUAUUUAUGUUCUAUGAAGAUAUGUUGCAGGACCUCCCAAAACAUAUACACAGUGUAAGUGACUUCCUUCAGAAGACCAUCACAGACGAGCAGGUGGAAAAACUUGCGGGCCAUUUGUCAUUUAAGAACCUUAAGAAAAAUAAGAAUGUCAAUAAUUCAACUGGCGACACUGAAAUACAGUUUAUAAGAAAAGGUGAAGUUGGUGGAUGGAAAACGCAUUUUGACGCCAAAAUGGAACUUCAGGCUGAGGAAUAUUUGAAUACGAGAUUAAAAGGACUGUCCUUACAAUUUCCUACCUACGACAAUGACGAUGAAUGUUCUAGAUUAUAA